GCCAUGGCCAGUGUACACGACAACAACCGAGCGCUCGACUUGGAGCAGCGCGUGUCAUAUGUGCACUCGAACGCAGGUGGAACCAAGGAAGGCGGCGACAACUACGUCGAUGUCAAGACCCCCGGCGAGCUCGAAGACGGCGCGAUCGUGGACGGCGGCGCGCUCAACCUGUUUUCGCGCGAAGCCCUGGGUUUGUUCAUGCAAUAUGGCGCCAUCGGGGUCAUCUACGGCAUGAUUCCGACGCUGAGCUACCCUAUCUUCACCGUGUACCUCAACUUGGAGGGGUACCAGACGGCAGCGUAUGGGGUGCUCGUGACGUUGGGGUGGUCGUUCAAAGUCGUGUUUGGGAUGCUCUCGGAUGUGUUUCCAAUCUUUGGGUACCGGCGCAAGCCGUGGAUGCUCAUCGGGUGGAUCGUUACGAUGAUUUGUCUGUCGUUGAUGGCGUUCGACAGCUUGGGCGAGCCCUAUUGCAACCGCGACAAGACCAAAACGUGCGGGUUGGCGCUGGAAAAGGUGCCCAAGUCCGAGCUCCAGCACUACAACUUUGACGCCCCUGACCAAGGCACCAAGUUUAUCAUUUUGUCCAUCUUUGUCUCGUUCGGGUACGUCACGGCGGCGUGCGCGUCCGACGCGAUGGUGGUCGAGUACGCCCAGCGCGAACCCGUGGCCAUCCGUGGCCGCGUUCAGACGGCCAUCUACACGGUACGCACGCUCACGGGCAUCCUCGCGUCGCUCGUGUCUGGCUUUGGCCUCAACGGCGCCAACUACAACGGGUCGUUCUCGUUCUCGAUGGCGCCGAAUGUGCCAUACCUGCUCUGCCUCGUGCCAUGCGUACUAGUGGUCAUCUCGACGUUCACGCUGGUCGUGGACAAGAAGACAGAGGGCGUGCCGUUCAAGCUGUGGGUCGGCAACUUCUGGGACUUGCUCCAACAGCGCGUGAUGUGGCAGAUCUGCGCGUUUCGAGUGGUCGUGUCUGGCUUGCAGUCGAUUGGCGCCACGCCCGGCAGCCCCAUCUCGGCCUACUGGGCCAAAGUCGAACCCCUCAAUGACUCGCUGUCGUCCGUGCUCGCGAGCGGCAUCUUUGCCGCCGUCUUGGUUGCCAUGGGCAAGUGGGGACUUCAUUGGAACUGGCGGUACGCCAUCGCCGCCGGCACCAUCGGCGUCAUGCUCGUGGACGGGUUCGUGCUCAUGUUUACGAUCUGGGACGUCGUGCGCAACCAGUGGUUCUUCACGGGCGUGGCGCUGGCCGACAACGUACCCGGCGGCAUCCGCUUCAUCGUGGCCACGUACUGCGCCGUCGAGAUCGCCGACGUCGGCAACGAAGGCGCGACCUAUGGCCUCGUCACGACCAUCGCCAACCUCAUGGGUCCCCUCGGGUCGGUCAUCUACAAGUACGUGGACUCGUUCUUCAAGGUCACGACCAACGACAUCAAGGCCGACACGACCGAGGUGCGGUGGGAAGUCACGUACGUGUACUUGAUCUCGUACUCGUGCCGGCUCUUGUCGUUGUUUGGGCUGCUGCUGCUGCCGCCCCAAAAGGCCGAAAUGCAAGCGUUGAAGCGCAAGGGCGGCCGCAGCAAACUCGCCGGCGCCCUCGUCGUGUUUGGCUUCUUUAGCGCGAUUUCGUUUGCCGUGACCAGCAACGUCAUGUCCAUCUACCCGUCCACCAAGUGCUUCCGCAUCGCCGGCGGCAACGGCAAAAUCGACCCCGCCACGGGGCUGUGCCCAGUCAAAAAGUAGAAACCCUACAUACCACGGGUUGCAUAUAAUAACGUUGUGUCGAGUGUGUCGUAAUAUAUAUAUAUAUUGUCCUCUUUUACCUCA